UGAACAAGCGUUGUUGCAGUUGAGCGCCUGAACGAUGCCAUGAGGCACCCCAUGAUGGUCAUAUAUGUUGACUAGCCAAAUAUAGCAUUCAAUCAUGUAGUUCAUUCGAAUCAUUUUAUUCAACCAACGUUUACUAUAUCAUAUAGGCAUCGUUCUUCAGUCACGUUCCCUUCUUUCGACACGACGUACCUUGGAUUCACGCUCCAUACCACCUCAUACCUGACAUUUUUCAGCCAUGACUGUCAUGUUUGUAAACAUGAGGCGCAUUGGAUAUAUAUCUGCGUUUUUGCUCUCUGCAGCUGUCCUUGGAUUGACGGCCAACUUUGCGAGAUUAUUCCUCCCACAUAUCAAUCGCGAUUUCGUUAUCUUUGCCCUAAUUCCACCAUCAGCCACCAUCUUCGCAUUUCUGUGGAUAAUGCAGUUCUCCCAGCCGAUAGUGGAGGUGACGCUCCACUUCAUCGUUGGUGUAUUAUGGCUAGCACUGGGCGCAUGGUCCGCAGAUGUGAUCGGAUAUGAGCAAUGCUACCCUCUCCAAGACCAGCAGCCUACAACCAAAGGAAGUAUGUCUGCGCGGUCAUAUUGUUAUCAAAUGAAGGUCACCGAAGCCUUGUCGUGGACUCUAUUCGUGUUAUUUGUAUUCUUCUUCAUUACCCUGAUCACGCUUACAUCGCGUGCAGUCGUUUAUGGUCGGUACUACGCAUGGCGGGAACACGUCUCGCAGCUAGGCUGGUUUGGUGAAUUUCCAGGAUACCCUACUGAGGCUAUAUACCCGCGAGCCCCGUACGGAGGAUACGGCCAGCCAUAUCCAAUGAUGGGGGCAUACCAUGUACAACAAAUGCCUGGUCACUCCGUCGUCGUUCAGCCAGGUGUUAAUGGUGGCCAGCCUAUUGUCACUCACAUGCCGGCCUGAGUCUGUUGACAAUGAAAAUCAUACGUACUUCUAUGUAUGCCUGCGGAUUUCACGUGUUGGAACGAUAGAGCCCACGAUAUUUUCUGAUUGUACUUUUAUUGUAGCGUACUUGGUACACACUUGCCAAAGAGUCGGCUGGUCCCGGAACCAUUACGUAGAACAAUUGAUGAGAAUGUGGAGAAUGAAAUAUACUUGACCUCGUGUCCGAA